AUGGCUGGUCAUUCCGGAGCACCGCCCGUUUUACAAUGGAGCCCUGAUAAGACGCACAGCGAUAGAGAAAGAUGGGUUUGCCUCUAUCCAGCCUACAUAAACAGCAAAAAGUCCUUGGCCGAAGGCAGAAGAAUCCCCAGAAAUAAAUGUGUUGAAAACCCGACUUACCAAGAAAUAAGGGAUGUUCUUGCUGCAGCAGGUUUGAAUGUUGGAGUUGAAAACAAGCUCUACAGCCGCGAAAGAAGCAAAGAACUCCUCUACAGAGGUCGCAUUCGCGUUCAACUCAAAAACGACGACGGCUCUUUGGUCAAUCCUGCAUUUUCUUCAAGAGACACACUGAUGCUUCAUCUUGGUGACAUGAUACCAAAGCUGAAAACGCGUUUGCAUAAACCGUCUACGGACCAGCCAAGUCAGGCUAGUCAAGGAAAAGGAAAGGGCAAGGGUAAAGGAAGGAGAUAA